AUGGACGACGAAGCCCGACAAGCAAUGGCAAGCAUGAAGAUGCCACGCCGACCCAUCAACUUUGUUUCCGCAAAGCAAGGCGAAAUACUCAAACUAGGCCAAAUUACUUGCAGAGUCAUGGAAGAUGGAUCGCGAACAGACAACCGCAUAGGCUCUGCAGAGUUCACACUGCCUCCAAACACACCUGGGCCGCCAGCACACUGGCAUGAGAUGCACGACGAGACGUUCCUUGUAACCAAAGGAAUGGUUCGGUUCCACGCACCCGACGGCGCCAUACAAGAUGCCUACGUCGGAGACUACGUUACCGUACCCAUCCGCGCACCCCACACCUUCUCGAACCCUACAAACGAAGAGUCCAAGUUCUUCAACACGUAUACCCCCGCGUUUUACAUCGAUUACUUCAAGACCCUGGCUGAGAUAAGUAAGACGGAUGAGAAGAUGAUGAAGGAGAAGAACAUCGAGGUCAUGGCGCGGUAUGCGACACUGCCUGCGCCUGCACAGGAGAUGAUGGAGGAGAAGAAGUAA